AUGAGAAUCCCUCUAUAUGCCCUCAUGGUCUUCAGCUGGCCCACCAGCUCUCAGGCUGUGAGAUGCUCCGAAUUUUGGAUACAUCAUGAUAUCCCUGGAACAAUCAUUCACAGUAUUGAGCCUGCAGAGCACCGUUUGCCCGAGGAUAGUAUGCCAUACUGUCGGAUUGUGGGAUCCGUGGCAUAUGGAAAAGCAAACAAUUCCGUGGGCUUCGAGCUAUGGCUUCCAUCACAUUCAGCUUACAACGAGAGAUUCAUGGUAGUGGGGAAUGGAGGAUUUGCCGGGACGAUUGAUACAGACAACAUGUUAAAACAAUUAGAACAAGGCUUCGCUGUGGCUGGUGGUGAUUCCGGGCAUCGCCAAGCUAAAAAUGGUAACGGAACAACUACUCCUGGGCAGUAUAUCCCAUUCCUAAAUGAUGUGGAGCAAACAAAAGCUUGGAUUCAUGAUUCAAUUGCUAUCAUCACCAUAUCAGCUCGAACCAUUACAUCCUUAUUCUAUGAUCGCUCGCCGAGAAAAAGUUACUAUAAUGGAUGCUCCACCGGAGGAGCGCAGGGCUUCGCGCUCGCCCAAUACCAUCCUCAUCUUUUUGAUGGGAUUUAUGCGGGGUCUCCAGGAAACUGGUACUCACACCUGAUGCUAUCCUUCUUAUGGAAUGGAAGACAUACGAAGGGUGAUGCAUUUCUCGACCAAGCCAUCCUCAACGAUACGACCAGAAAGGUUCUGGAUGCUUGUGAUGAGCUAGAUGGAGUCAGAGACGGCCUGAUAGAAAAUCCUCUUCGCUGCCGUUUUGAUGUGAACACAUUGGUAUGCUCAUCUCAAACAGCAGCGUCCAAGCAAAACCAGGCAUGCCUUUCUCCGAAGCAGCUUGAGGCAUUGAAGGCUUUCUACGCGGGACCUCAAAACCCGAGAACCCACGCCAAGAUCUAUCCAGGAUUCAGUCUGGGCUCGGAACGAGAGUGGCUAAUGCAAGAGACAUCUUUGUAUCUUGAUUAUGCUGCGCCACUCUUGCAAAACCUGGUUUAUCAUAAUCUCUCAUAUGACAUUGACACCUUCGACUUCGAUAGAGAUGUCGCCAAGGUCAAUUUUGCCGCAGGCCCUUUUAUUGACGAGACCAGUGUUGAUCUCACUUCUUUCCGGCAACGUGGAGGCAAAAUGAUUGUGACGCAGGGUUGGACUGACCCCUACAAUGCUCCGACCUGGCCCAUUGAGCACCUCAAGCAUCUCGAACAAGCGAGUCCAAGUGGAUCAGUCGGUGACUUUUUCAGUCUUUACAUGGUACCGGGUGGAGGCCACUGUGGCGCAGCGGCAACUUAUUCCUCUGUGCCUGCCACUUACCAUGUGAGCGAUGCGCUUAUCUCUUGGGUUGAGAAUGGCACAUUUCCUACCUAUAUUUAUUCGACAAAUCCGCCAGAUGGCUCGUCGCGAACACGCAAACUGUGCCCUUGGCCCAAGACAGCACGAUUGAGGAACACCGGGGACCCUGAUAAUUCGGAAAGCUAUGACUGCGUUGAGGCUUAA